AUGCUGUGGCAUCUAUUGCAGCCGAAAGUUACAUGCAUCUGCGUUUUCUCUUCUAUUUGUGUUUUUUUUUUUCCCUUCUUUGCUGGUGGGGGUCAAAACAAACGUUUAUGCCACGCAUGUAUAUAUAUAUAUAUAUAUAUCGGCUCUGUGCAGGGAGGGGGGGGUGAGGUCGCGAUGAUCAAAAGUUACUUUGACCUCUUUGACAUUUUGGUCAAUGAGGAAACCGUCCCCGUCACCUUCUUGGUUUCAUCUUUUAGCCUGGGAAGGGACAUCCAUGCACGCACUACCGAUGGCGAGGCGCUUGAGGAAGUGAGGGCGGGGAGUGUUGCCACCGUUCCGUUGUGGGCUGCCGUGGCACUCCGCCAAGAGGGUUAUCUGGUGCCUCAGGUCCCUUCUAGGUACACAACUUCUGUUUUUCGUGAGUUCAAGACCGAUCCUCUUGCGGUAAGUCUGCACAAAAAGUCACCGUACUACUACGAGGCAGGCCUUUUGUUAUGCGCCAUGCUUCCAAUAAACGAGGGGAACCGGCUUGCGGCGCAGCUCUUUCGAUUGUAUCAGCUACGAUACCUCAAGGUUAUUCACGCAGCUUCGAAAAAAGGAUUUGAUUUGAGUGAUGUGCGGGAAAAGCUGUGCGAGAGCGAAAGGGAGCUUCUAGAUGCCCUGAUCGGUGGCUUGGAAGAAGAACGCCAAUGGCAUCACAGUGCCUUUUGA